UGUAACAGUCUAUGGGCACUCACCCAUGAGAGAAUUUCAGGGUGCCAUGCUUAUUAAAUGAAUUCUUAAUGUCUUUAAAAAGAUGUCCUGCUUUUGUUUAAAGAAUUAAGGCUUCGAUCUCCAUUUAAGGGGAAAUGCUAAUCCUGUUUUUCUGCCAUUGGAAAUGAUGUUCUUUAAAUGUCUCUCUAAUGGUUGAAAGCAAUCACCAUUUACAGCGUUUGGAUUUCUUGUAUUGAUAUACAUAUAACAAAAAUAAGACCCAAUGGGUGCAGAUAUUGUUUGAUCAGAGAUGGUCUGUUUUCUCUUGAGGAUUCUAGCACCUUCUGUGAGACCUUUUUGAAGACAUCAGCUGGACAGUCUUGUGCAAAGGUCAUAGAAAUCUGGGGGAGCUCACUGCAGGCCUCUAAGUUAUCUCCAUAAUUCAGGCAUACCCCAGAUGUGUUGAAUCCAGCUUGUGUCCUUCAGAUCCUGAGUACGGUGAGGCUUGCGAGGCUGAGGACUUCUCAGUGGCAUUCUGGUUUUGUGAGAACAGCGAACAGGUGAUGUACCAGUGUACAGGAGCAGUCUAGUCUGCAUUGCUAGAUGGGCAGGAAUGAUUGAAUAGCAGGUGUGCAGGUCUGUAAUGGUGGUUUCAUUGUGGACAUGUGAGUUUAUUAAGAUGACCGUAGUUGGGCAGAACCAUAGGCAAGGUGGAAGGGGUGUGUGUAUUUUUCCUUUUCCAGGGCUUCUGCUGGUAUUUGCGCACCAGUGGUCUUCCUUCAGUAACAGGAAGAGUUGCUGAGUUAGUUGGGUGAAUUUGCUUCUUUCCCAUGUAGGUGUGAAAGAAGCAUGUUAGCCUCUUAAGCAUGGGAAUUUUAAUUUGCACCAGAAUAAAUACAGUAGAACUUAUUUCCAUUAUCUAUCUGGAUGCUAGAAGAGUCAGACUUGUCAGCACUGGGUGUUUAGAUACUAGUGGCACCUUACUUGUAUAUGUGUAUUACCCUGCAUACCUGCUUUUGUUCAUCAUCUUUUCAUUACCUUAGUGAGGCUAGGGAUUCCUGUCUUUUGUUCUCUUGCUGGAACACCUCUUCUAGGACCCUCUUCUCCUGUAGUUCUGCUUUUGCUUCUGUGUUUGUUCUUCACCUCUAGUUUCUUCCCGAUCUCAGAAUCAGUUUGAUCAAAACAGAUUGAGGUAGUCAGUCUUCCAUUACUUACAAAAGAUAAAAAAAAAAAAAAAAAAGUUAUAACUUCAUUUUAUCUCUUCAAGUCCAGUAUCCUACCAAAGGGAAUGAGCCAUCACAGCCAUUAACCUGAGUUCACACAUUGCAGAGUCUGGUUACCACGUACAGUAUGUCUGCAUCUGAAUGAAUUAAUUGAAAAUUCAAAAUGAAUAGCGAACUUUUACAGAAUUCCUUGGAAUCAGAUUAUGCCCCCAUUUCAGGGAAAAACUCCCUCUCAAAUUAUUUAUUUUAUAUUUUAUCUUCAAUAAAAUUAUUUAUUUGGUUAUUAAAGGCAUUAUUAUUAUUUUGCAAAAAUGGGGGUAUGUAAAUAGGGGUAGAAAGUUGUGAGAAAAAUUCUGUUAUGUGAACACUUAAAUGGAAAGGAGAAUUUUGUGCUAUUUAACUAAGGACAGUUAGAUUUUGGAUUCAUUUGAUCUUUCUGGAAACAUAUGUUCUUUUGCUGAGGUCACUUUGCCCUUUGCUCUUGUGCAUUUCAUCUUGCCUUUGUUCUUUUCCGUAUUGCUAGCUUAGAAGAUGUCUUCUUCCCUGUUUGUGUCAUUCAGAUAGGAUGCCUCUGUAAUGUAAGAUCUCUUCAUGGUUAAAAAUCUUAAGUGCGAUACUCUAUCCUGCCCAAAUUCUUGAUAGUUUGUUACAUCUCUGCUUAGCAGUUCUUCUAGAAAGGGUAGAUUUCUUUCAGUUAUUUAUUUUAACAAUUUUCUAACUCCUGGUCUGUGGCAUCAGGGUCCUGCACAUUGUUUCUGUGGGAAGAGAGAAAGGAAUUUUUUUCAAAGGUUUCAUACCUCACUUUGUCAUUUUUUCCCCUCUCUGCUCUAUUUCUAGCACUUUUAUGGAUAUAUACAGCUUUAAUGACUACAUUUAUGCUGAUUUAUCUUAUUCUUGAUGUGUUUUCUACUGUCCAGUAGUACGUUUCAGGCUUUCUUAGACAUUUCCCUCUGGGUGUCCAGCUUUUACUUUAAAUUCUGUUGACCAAAACCAAGAUAUUAAUCUCUGCAGGCCAUUCCUCUUCUCAGUUUCUUCUAUCCUCCUAUCAUAGGCCGCCCUGUUGGCUAGAUGGAUGUUUUCCUUGUCUCCUUUUUUUUUUUUUUAGUUUUGUUUUUCCUUUCUUUCUCAAAUAAGUAUCUUCACAUAUAGCCUUGAGAAGAUCCAUAGUGCAGAUCUUGUCAAAGCUCUUGUCCAGAUGUCUGUCCUUUUGUGACUCAAUUGCAGCAAUCUUCUCUUUGGUACCGUGUACUGUUGACCUUGCCGGUGUCAUCUUCCCACAAGAAGCUGCUGAGAAGUUCGUUUUCUUGUCCGGUUGUUCUGACCUUUUUAAUUUGCUUUCUUUUUUCUAUUACCACUUUAUCUUCCUUCCAAAACCAAUCUUCUUUCCUUUCAUACACAAGAUAUACCUAUAAAGGUCUAUGUCCCUUUUUUAAACUAUCAAGUUGUAUCUGUAUGUACAAUAUACUUGUUGUCAAUUCAAAUCACUUUCUUCCCUUAGUUAUUCUUAUUCUUUGCCCCCUGUGCUGUGCUUGGGAAGCUCUUAAAAUAAGUCCUUACACGUAUUUAGUUUCUGCUAAUAUGUGCUUUUACAUAGGUUCUGCUAAUCUUUACAGUUUAAUACCAGUUAUGCAUUAAAAAAUAGAUUAAAGGACGGGUCUGGUUUUCCAAAGAUGUGUAUGGGGUGUUUAAUAGAUUCACCAGUGUUAUGGAAAAGGGGAUGAGCAGUGAAUUUCAUAAACAAAUGUUGCAUCUUCUCAUACAUAAAUGAACUAUAACCAUGCAGGAGGAAGUCUUGGAUGUUAUUGUGGGCUGCCUAGUAUGUAGCAGCAGCCACUGGUACUAAAAAAGCAAGUAAAAUGUUUGCUUCAUGAAGAAAUGGGGCAGAGAAUAAUACAGAAGGUAUUGCCAAUCUGUUGGCACAUACUUACAAGAUUUACUUUUUUUCAUUUUGGUCAUGUGGAGCCAUGCUCGUUUGUGUGACAAAUAAGCAAAAGGAGGGGUAACUCAGAGAGCAGUGAUAGUGGGAGGCCUGUGAAGACUUCAUCAGUAAGAGAAUGGGAAAUUUGGGGUGGUUAGGCCUUGUAGGAAAUGAUUUUAUUUUUUUUUUGGUCAUAAUAUCUAAGGAUAGAGAUUGAUUAGGAAAGUUGUGAAAUCUCUGUCACUGGAGGCUCUUAGGAACUGGUUAAAGGAGUAAACAUCUGUCUAAGAUGAUGGAGAUACUGGUGACACUUUAUUCAGACUAGGAAGGACUGGAUGACCUCAAGGACUCAUAUUUCACGACCUGGGAUGCCAUCAGGAGCUCGAAUGCCCCAUCAGGGGGCUCCCAUGGGUCCCCCAGGUCCCCCAUAUGUUGGAAGCCCCUCAGUGAGACCUGGGAUGCCCCAGACUGUGAUGGAAACAACAAGAAAACGCACUGCGCCACAGCAGGUCCAGCAACAACAGGUGCAGCAGCAAGUGCAACAGCAGCAGCAAGCUACCCAGAAUCGAACUAGGAGUGCCAAGAGGAGGAAGAUGGCUGACAAAAUUCUCCCUCAGAGGAUCCGGGAGCUGGUUCCUGAGUCCCAGGCCUACAUGGAUCUGUUGGCCUUUGAACGCAAACUAGACCAGACCAUUAUGCGGAAGCGUGUGGAUAUUCAGGAAGCGCUGAAGAGGCCGAUGAAGAUCGAGUCCAGAACUUCCCUGUUCAUGUGUCCUACUGAAAAGCAAAAGCGGAAACUGAGACUUUAUAUCUCCAACACAUUUAAUCCUGCAAAAUCUGACGCUGAUGACUCUGAUGGCAGCAUCGCAUCGUGGGAGCUUCGAGUGGAGGGGAAGCUCCUGGAUGAUCUAAGCAAGCAGAAACGGAAGUUCUCAUCAUUUUUUAAGAGUCUAGUCAUUGAACUGGACAAAGAUCUUUAUGGACCUGACAACCACCUUGUGGAGUGGCACAGAACUCCCACAACUCAGGAGACUGAUGGCUUCCAGGUGAAAAGACCUGGUGAUGUCAGUGUGCGGUGCACAUUACUCCUCAUGUUGGAUUACCAGCCUCCACAGUUUAAACUGGACCCACGAUUAGCACGUUUGCUGGGGAUACACACACAGACCCGAUCUGCCAUCAUCCAGGCUCUCUGGCAGUACAUCAAAACAAAUAAGCUGCAAGACUCCCAUGACAAGGAAUACAUUAAUUGUGACAAGUACUUCCAGCAGAUCUUUGACUGUCCCCGGCUAAAGUUUUCUGAAAUUCCUCAGAGACUCACUAACCUACUGCUGCCUCCAGACCCUAUAGUGAUAAACCAUAUCAUCAGUUUGAUGCCAGUGUCAGUGACAGAUGCCCAGAGUCUGGAGGAGGGUCACAAAUCAGCAGAAGAGAACCUGAAGACCAGCACAAAAGAAGUCCACCACUCCAGCCAUGUUGACCCCAAUGAUCAGAAGAAGACGGCUUGUUAUGACAUAGAUGUAGAAGUUGAAGACCCAUUAAAGGGACAGAUGAGUAGUUUUCUUCUCUCAACAGCUAAUCAACAGGAGAUUACAGCAUUGGACAACAAGAUUCAUGAGACAAUCGAAUCCAUAAAUCAGUUAAAAAUACAACGUGAUUUCAUGCUGAGUUUCUCCAAAGAUCCUAAAGGGUACAUCCAAGACCUUCUUCGAUCCCAAAGUAGGGAUCUUAAGGUGAUGACUGAUGUAGUUGGAAACCCAGAGGAAGAACGCAGAGCUGAAUUUUAUCAUGAGCCAUGGUCUCAAGAGGCUGUGAGCAGAUAUUUCUACUGCAAGAUUCAGCAGCGCCGGCAGGAACUGGAACAGUCUCUGGGAGUGCGCAACACAUAAGUAUUGCUCAAAAGAUCCCAUUGGCAUCAUGACCACAGAACGAGUGGACUUCUCAGUGUUACUUAGCUCACUGUUACACAUGGACCUGCUUCCUGACUGGAUGGGAAUGUACCAUCGACAAACCAGUCAGAACACCAGCUUUAGAGUGACCUUUGAAAAAACUGCCCACGGGAGGUGUCUCAAACCAUUCCAGGCCAUAGACAGCAGAAGAUUCCUGUGCUCCAUACAGGUGUCAAUGUUAAAGAAGAUUAAAGAUUCAUUCAUCAACCGGCAUCAUUGAGUUCCAGUGGAAAGUUCAGACACUACACAGCAAAUCCUUAUGGGCUAUGCAUAGAAUCAUGGGUGGUAUUGAUGGGGGAGGUUGAGUUGAGUGUUGUAGGAGACUACAGAUUAAGAGAAAUAAAGGUAAUUCUCAUUCUGUUACCUAAGAUUCUCAAAUAGUAACUUCUCUGGAAUAAGACAAGAUAGUCCUGAUAGCUGUGGAAUGCUUUGCGUUCCUGAACAGAGUUUUCACUUCAGCUGGACCAGUGUAAGAAGCCAUCGCACCGUGUGAAAUAACAAACUAGGAUGAUUUUCAAUCCUAGAAUGAAGAGCCUCUCUGGAAGGAAAAAAUAUAGUCAGGACAUUUCUUCUGCAAACUUUAAUACUUCCUCUUUCCCUUGCCCCUGCAGUGAAAGGUAGACUGAAUUAUGUAUCACUAGACAGUCUCAUGGGUAUGAUCAACAUGCAGUACAAAGAGGAAGAAAACUAUCUCCAGCAUGAGAGCCUCUUAGGCAUUCUUAGUAUUAGUGGGGUUAGAAAAGCUGAAGUUGAAGCAAGAAAAAAGGCAUUCUUAGAAAAUGCAAAUAACCUAAUGGUGCUUUGCUGAUACCUGCCUUGAACACAGUGGGUAUUAACAAUAAGUCUAUAGGUAAAUACGAGAUUUCUUAAACAUUUCUCUCCUUAUGUGCCAUUAGGGAUCAGGACUGAAAAAAAAACUUCCCUAACUGUAAAGUUGAUUUAGAAUCCAAGAGGCUUAAACUUCAUGUAACAUGUCAGUUUUCUCUUUACUUCAAGAUGUCAACAGAGUUCCUGGAUUAGUCUCACAUUUUGAUCAUAGGUAAACUGCCUCUUCCUAUUCAGUUCCCCCAUACAUGAUAUGUGCUAGUUGUAUAAGAUGCUGUUGAGUUUUGAAGCCUUAAAUAGCAUAGAGGAACUAUCCCUUAGAAAUCACCUUGUUUUCAAAUAUAUGACAAAUUCAGACUAUCAGAAUUACAACAUAUUUAGCUGGAACCAGGGACAUCUUCAUUAAAUCCUUCCCCCCAUUCCACCUUUUGUAGUGCAUAGAUUGGUUUGUAAUUAAUGAUCCAGCAUGUUUUCUAGUCUAAAAAGCAGCUGCCAAAGUAUAACUGUGUCCUGAUAAUGUAGCACUCAAAAUCCUUUUCUAGGCUUCUCCUCUUCAUCUCCUUUCUUUCACUUUCCUGGAAAGAGAGUCAAGUUCACAUGUGUUAAGGAAGGGAGGCAGCUCUUCUAAGUAAUUAAUUUUGCUAUGGUAUUGUCCUUUUCUCUUCUGCUGUCUUUGCUGAUUUCUUUCAUAUUUGAAAGAAAAGUUUCUUCUGUCUAGUCACAGAAGAGAGAGUCUUCCCUCCCACCCCUUUAUUUAAUACCUCUGCUUUCACAUUACCAGUGCCAUAGCUUUUACUCUGUCCACUGCGUUCAGAGGUGUCUUGAAAAAUUUACAUAUGAUUGGUCAUAUGAUGGCAGUACAACCAUGCAAAACCACUGGUGUAAGGAAAAGCACAGCUGUACCUCUUUGCCCAAGGCCUUUUCCUGGGAAUGGCUUGGCUUGGAUUUUUUUGUGUGUGUGUUAUAACCUCUUUUUUACACUAAAACCUGAAAUCCUGCAGUCUUAAAUUGGUAGAGACUGAGAGGUUGCCAAACAGUUAACAACUUAAAAUCUUAUGUGCUGUAGGACUCUGCUAAUUGGACUACCAGCAAACACUGAGGGAAAACAGUGGGGAUCAUCUGCUACUGUGCUUCCGUAUUUGUUACGCUGCUGUGUCAGUUGUGUGCAUGCUGUCCAGUGUAUAAAACUUUUUCUGUAUGUGGUAAACAGAGCAGCUACAUUCAGGGGAUGUAUUCAGAUCUCCAGGAGUAAUAAAUGCCGAGAAAAAUAAACGAGGAUAUGAGAAAGGAAUGGGGUGGGAUAGAUGCCUGCAGGAUGUCUGCCAGUGAAUUUUAUUUUUGAGAACUUUGCCAUAUGAAUGGCAAAUAUUUGUACAGAAAAAAUCCAGUCAUAUGCCACAGCUGGCAAAAUAAUGGAGCCCAAUCUGCUUUUAGAAUCUCUCUUUAAAAAUAAUUGUAUAGGUCUGUUUCCAAGCCUCUUUCAGAACAAAGUAAUGAAACAAUGUGUUGCUGACCAGUGGAUUCCAAGCAGCACCGCUGGAAUGUGAAGCAAUGUUAAGCACCAAUGCUAUGCUGAAGUGUAUACACACGUAUGUGUUUGUGCACACGCAUGCUCGUGCAUGAUUUGGCCACUGUACAUAGCAAUCCAAAAUUCAAAAAUACGAAUCCAAAAUUCAUAUAUCUCACUGUACAUAUUCUUCCUGCCCAUAAAUACUUGUCACCAAAGAAGAGUCUUAGGAAUAGCUGUCAGGUGUCUUCAUUUUGAUUAAAAUGGUGUUUGAGAUUUUGAUUCUUUUAUUCCAUGCUCAGAAGCAGUUUGAGCCUUUUACUGAAGAGACAUAGAGAGAAAUGUUAUCUUCCAUUCCAGGAGUGUAGCCAGGAGCUUGCUUUUAGCAAAAACAGACAUUAUAUUUGAGGAGAAACAAUUGGACAAUUCUGGGAGGAACUGGACCAAAUGCAGCUUGGGCAUGUGGAAAUGAAAGUCGGUAGUACUGAAUAGGCAUGUAAUUCCAGCAGAUUUUGAAUGAUAAAUUUAUUUUAAUUUCAGGAUGGGGGCUUUUUUGGGUGUUAAAGAUGACAAGACUGUUACUUGUGGUCUUUGGUUUCUGCCACGGUACGAUACAAAUCUGUGCAUACUGCAAUAAAAAAAUAUAUAUAUGUGCAUAGAUGUAGUUAAAUUUAUAGAUGACAAUAUAGAUGAUUGUUAGAAAAUAUAGCAUAAAACUAGGACAAGGUUAAAACAAUUCCUGGAGUACCAGUAGAAGGGAAAUAUAUCUUGGAGCUGAAGCGUUGGCAUGGCAGUUAAAGGAAAAACAAGUGUUUGUGGAAGCAAAGUGCCAGAAUAGAGAGAAGAAUACAGCAGUGGUAAAAGGAAAGAGAAAGGUGGGAGCCACUGAAGUGCCAUUAAGUCAAAGCACAGGAUAACAUGCAGAUUAAUGUUGGAACUAGCACAGUCUAUGUGAUUUUGUAUAUUUUGUGUGCAUGUGUAUAUGUAUACAUAUAGAGGGCAGGAGCAAGAGUCAGUCUCAACUGGUACAGAGCUUGGGAAAUGGGCAUGCAGGGUACAGCCAAAUGUUCUGCAUUUAAGUUCUGAGACACAUUGCCAAAACUUCUCCUACUGUUAUCAGUAGGGAUUCAGCUAUUUCACUUAUCAGCAUUGGCAGUUCUAGUGCACGCAUGGUUUCAGCUGACAGCUUUUCUACACCACACUGUUUAGAAUUUAUUCUGAUGAAGCUGAGUGAAAUUAUUGGUGUAUAUCCUAGGGCUUCGAAUUUUGCUUAAAAUGUAGUCAGGUGGUGGUUUCUUUUCUUUUUUCUUUUUCUUUUUUCUUUUUCUUUUUCUUUUUCUUUUUCUUUUUCUUUUUCUUUUUCUUUUUCUUUUUCUUUUUCUUUUUCUUUUUCUUUUUCUUUUUCUUUUUCUUUUUCUUUUUCUUUUUCUUUUUCUUUUUUUUCCUUUUUAACCUCUUUGUGUUGAGAGCCCUUUUAAUGGCAGUGCAAAGAGAUGAGUGGGGAAAAAAAAAGGCUCCUUUCUUCCUGAAUAAGGAGGUCUCCUUUCUGUAACUGCUCUGUUGUUUAAUAGGCUGUAUCUGUUCUGCCAGAUCCUGUAUGAUAAACACCUUUUCUGAUCUCACUGAAGAAAAGUACUCCAUUAAAAAGAAAACUGUGGGUUUGGGAGUGAGCAAAUACAUGCAUAAGGAGAGGUGGGGGAGAGACUCCCUCUGCUCUGUAGUCACCUUAUCUUCACUGUUGGAUGCUGAGUGAGUCGUAGAAAAGCUUUUAACAAUAAAUACUUUGUUUCUUUGUA